AUGGAGCCGAUGAAUCAAACGACAACUGUUACAGAAAUCGACUCUGCUCCCCAACAUGACGUAGCGGCCGACAGCAGAGCAGCAGAUAGACGACACCUUGAUCGGUUAGACAUCCUGCAUAAUUUGCAGGAGCAAGCUGCAUGUCUUGCAACUAGGCUCGGUGGGCUGUCAGGGGUUCUAUUGGAGGGCCUGGAUCAGCUUUGCAGGGCCUGUGGAUCACGGGUUCGCCGGGAAGCCCUUUACACGGAAGAAAUCAAUAGUAUCAUGAGCAUGUGGGCCGAUGAACAGUCUCGCCACGAAAAGACCAGGAGCGAUCUCGAACACUGCCAAGCUCUGCUCAAGGCCACCGAUGCUGCAUAUCGCUACCUCUGCAUUGCCGGUGUAGCCGAGGAAGGUGUUCAGCACAGUUUUUCGACACUUCCCGACCAAGUGCUCUGGACCCACCAGUUCGAGAAGACAAGCGAAGAACUGCAUGCGGAGGGCCAGAACCUCGAUUUACGCCGUUCACGACUCCGACAAAGGGCACGCCAUUUCAUACUGUCAAUCAGAAAAUACGAAGAGUUCGCCCGAAAACUCCGUGCCGAAAUGGAUCGAUAUUCGGAGUGGCUGGAUUCGAGGGCGCAGUUGUUACAACGUAACUACGAACGGUAUUGCGAGAUUAUGGCUGAGAACUGCCAGCCCCCUCUCUUGUUGUACCAAGGUGGUGAGGAAUUGGCCCACUUAAAGGAUGCCUUCUCAGCAGCAACAGCCGAACGGGAGGAAGCAGCCAGAAGAGGUAAAGAAACUUCGUAUUUUGACGGCAGACCCGAUAUGCUUGAGGAUAUGUUUGACAUAUUGUCCUAA